UGUAGAAGUCUUACUUAAAUAAGUAUCGCCUAGAGUGUAGUGUAAAGAACUCUUUAGUACAGUCCUUAACCCUCAUCGCUAGACCCAGUCUAUCCUCAUUAAAGACCUAACAAUGCAAGCUCCAAGAAAGCACUCAUACCCAACCCGACCCAAACAAUCCACCACGUACCUGCGCACCAAACCAGAACUCAAAGCCCCCCUUAAGAACCCCCUAUCUAUUCCACCUCCCCCUCCGCCCCCCACUACUCCCAUACACCCUAACCCGCCGACAGAACCAACAGCGCGCGCAUGCUGACACCUGGUGCAAGCGCAGCAGUGGCCGAAAUUCGUCGGCCACUAGAGGCAGCGACAGCACACCCAGAGGGUGCCUACGCGCGUGUUUGGCGCUGGCAUUGGUGUGUGCGGGUGGGGUGGGAUGGGAUGUUGUGGAAGCGUG